CUCCAAGGAGGCGCCAGGCUCCGUGUGUCAGUGCAUCAUGGAGAGGCCGGCUGUCGUGUCGGGGCCCAGGAGCCCUUCAGGACCGGAGUACCACAAUGCCACCUCCACUCUGGCCUUCGACCAGCAUUUCACCUCCACCGCCAAAGGAAGACUCCUCCUGGCCGAGAUAGUGUGUGGUAUGCUGGUGUGGAUUCUCGUUGGUGGUACCGAUUAUUUUCAUCUGUCGGCUCUCUGCUGGGUGAUGUUUUCCUCCAUCCUGCUCUGGAUUCUGACAGUUUUUCUCUUCAUCAUUUACCUUGCUGGAGUCCAUCACAGGAUACCCCGGGUCCCCUGGACUACACUGGGCCUGUGCAUGCACUGCAGUGCCACAGUCUUGUAUCUGGUGACAGCAGUGGUAAAUGCACUGUCUGUCAAACAAGCCACCAGGGGGCGACACAACUACAACUGCUGGGCAGCAUCAGCAUUCUUUGCAUCUCUCACCACACUCUGCUAUGCAGGAAGUGGUUAUUUGAGCUACCGGGUCUGGAAAACCCAAGAAGAGGAGCAGUAGUUCCACCACUUCCUGCUCUGCUUUCACAAUGUUCAAAAUGUGAGCCGAAGGAUGGACAGCAGCUGAGGAGAGGGGAAGACUUUACAGCCAGUCUGACUGAUGCUCAGCUGAAGACAAAGGAGGGUGUGUUGUGUUUCAUUUGUUUAAUGCCAAAAAAAUAUAUAAAUUUGACUGUGCAGCCCAUCUUUGUCAAUACAACUGUAAAUUUGAUUUUAGAAGUUCAGCAAAUAUUUCUAAAAGAAUCACAAAAUAAAGAAGUUACUUUUUUUUAAUUUGUACUUUUCAAAUAACCACCAUAAAGCAUUACAUAGAAAGGAAAUAAAAAUGUCCGAUGAGAACAGCAUAGUGAAACAUCCUGUAGACAGUGAAGCUAUUCAGAAAUGAAAACCAUACCAAUGUUUACGUGAUGUCUUCAAACCUCAAUAGGUGUGUAAUUAACAUUGACAGUGACAAAAACAGCAUCUUUGUUUUUAACUGCUUUGAAUUUGCAAAAUGUAAUUAUUUACCGCCCACCUUUGAUGUAAAGCACACUUACAGGAAUGAAUAUCUCAUAUUUAUACAGCCAAAAUAAAUGUAUCUUAAUCAGCAAGAGUUCUGUUUUCAUACAUUGUUGUUUCACAAGCAUAGCUUUUUACACUGGGAUGUCAAUGCAAAAUAAACUGAACCUAUCCUGUAGCAAUCGCCUCCUCAAGGAAUUAUUUAGUAACGAGAAUAACUGUUGGAAAAGUAGACCAUUCCCCAUUCAGCUCCCAGAGAAGUGAUCCCGAGAUGGUUGACGCGUCCAUGCAGCCUCUUGAGCACUGCUCCUUGGUAUUGAGGGAACAUGUUGAAGGAAUACUGUGAAAGAAAACCAAAUUUUAAUACACUCAAUCUUAAUUAAUUAAUUAAUAAACUCAAUUCAUUUUAAGGAGUUUCUCAAAAGGAAGAAAUGUCAUUAAUGACCCUCGUUGGUCGGCCUGCCACCAGGAUGCGUCCGUGAGAAGUCACAAAGUACAGUUGUAAGAUGUAUCUGGUGGAGUACUUUCCAGAGACCUUCAAAGAAAAGUUGAUAAAUGACAUUUUCUUUACAUGAGGAUGAGGACGAGGAUGAAGGCAGCAGUAUGAAAUACAAAAUAAUCCCAAAAGCAUAAUACAGUUAUUAAAAAGGACCCUAAACAUCCAUGUUACCAAUCAAAAUAAUUCAUUAUGGCUGAUAUAAUUUAAGAAAGCUGACGUUUAAAAAACAACAACACAUAGCUGUCUAACCUGAGUAAUUGCUUCAUGACCGCGUAACAACAGUUCCUGUGCCGGUCCUACUUCGAAUCCAAUAGUGGGCGACCAAGUUGUACCGUAACGUACCUGAAUUCUACAAAAAGACAGCAGAUAUGUAUAUUGAAGGGAACGACGAAUGUUAGGGGAAGAAAAUAGAUAUGUAUAGGUGAGGAAGAAUGGAGACUGACCCUGUAAUAAAAGAACUUAUAUUUUCCCAGACCCGAAUUCCACUGAUCCUUCUGUCGCCUUGUGUGUAGAAGGCAUCACCACUGUUACCUCCAACAGGAAGAGAGACGGAGCUCAAAUCAUAUGCUGAAAAAAAAGAAAAACAGAAGUCACUUCAAGAGCAACAGAUUAGAAACUGGAUGUUGAUUUUAAAACAUAACUGAUGCAGAGAGGAUGAGUCCUUACGUGCUGCCAGGCAGCUGGUGCAGAGCACAGCAAUGACCAGGAGGGAGAACAUGGCUUGGCGUGACGGCAGGGAGAAACACUGCAAGGUGAAAUGACAGCAAAGCAGAAAGAUUAUUUGUAGUAACAUCUUCUGGUGCAAGACAAAAGGAGAGUUCAAAUUAUUCUCAAAAUGAACAGUUGUUCAAACUUACCAGCAAUCGUGAUCCUGAGCAAAGACAGUCUGCAUGCAGCAAAACAGUGGCUUUUAUCCAUAUCCAUCACCUCCCAACACACACCCACACACACACACCCUCCUACCACACACAUGUGAAUACACGAACACACCCGUCUACCUGUCUGACAAGACUCUGAUUUUACACUCAGUGAUCAACACUUACAAAAGAUAAACUGCACAGUAAGAUCGACUAAUGUAUCAUAUUUGUUUUUGCGUAACUCUUCAUCAAACAUCAGGAUUUUAAUUACAGUUUUACCAACCCUUUGUGCAGACUUCCACAUAUCAAAUAAACAGUGGAGUUGGUUACAGUCAAGGUGAAAUGUGAAUUGGUGAUCAAACGUCUAUCCAGAAGAAUUCAUUACAAAUCCUUCCCUUAUUCUGGAAAGAUCAUUUCUACAAAUAUUGACCGAAGCACUUAGAAAUCUUUUUUGUUUUGACCCUUGAACUUUUUUUUUUGUUGUCUUUUGGUGUUUCAUGUAUCCUACCAAAGGGAUGAAUAAAGUAAUAUCUAUCAAGGUAAUAGCUAAUGUCUGGAUUACAGAAUAUAACGCUUCUCACUUGUGCACCAAGCCUAAUUUUUAUGAGCAUCAUUCUCAAGAUGGUGUUAAAAGUAAAUGCUGACCUUUAACAUCUCUAUCUCUUUAGUUCCCUUUUAUUUUCCAUUUUUCAACAAUUUAAUUUCUCCAGACACUCUUGGUCCUUUGGCCAAAAUAACCUGGAUGGUUCAGCGCAACACGACGGUUCACCUGUCAAAACUCAUAUCUCUUCAAUAUACAGUACUUCACUCAGGUGUCAAAACUACAGUUCUUUCCCAUAAAUCGUGCCCUCAAAAGGCAUCAUCACUUAUGCACUACAGUGUGUACGUGGCUGGGAUGGAAAUUGUGGGUUCUGGUUCUAUGGGUAGGUUCAUGUGCAUGUAAAACGUAAAUUUAUUUUCAGUUGCAGUUCUCACGUAAGUCUUAGUACACGUAGCUGCACUAUGAGACUGGAAUGACUGUAAUGUCCGGGGUAGGCAUAUAUAAGCAAUAGCUUCAGCCUGCUCCUUUUGAGUUAUUUGACUUAUUUUCUUGUUUUCUACUUGUUGCAUCUUACUUGUUUUAGAUUGUACGAGUUGGUUUAACCAAAUGUUCAAAUGCUCAAAUAAACCUAAACAAACAAACAAACAAACCAUUUAGGAUUAUGUGUUUAUUGACAUGCAGGUAGUUAAAUAAUGAUCGUGCAGUCAAAAAGCUUUUGCUAGCUAUUUGAAUGACUUAUUGAGCAAAUCAACAUGUUGUAAUUGGCAAAACGAAGAAUUAAUAGUAGGAUCCAUUAACAGAACAGCAUAAAUGUAAUUGGGACAAUAAUGAAAUGACGCUUAGGACAAUGACAUUGCAAAUCGUUGACACAAUUCAAAACUUUUACUGCAGAAGGUUGCCUUAAAAUUUUAGGUUGUCUCAAAUAUUCUUUUUUUUACAGUCCAUCAACCAGGGGCCUGAAGCUGCCAGCGCACUCUCGUUAUCAUUUAAGUCUUCCACCAGGAGAUUGAUAUCUCCAUCUGGGGGUGUUUGCACAUGAUUUGGGGUCUUUUUGGCAGGGCGAGGGUCACCUCAGAGGAACCAAUCCACCCUGCCUUGAUUCUUGCAGGCUAUUCUGGAGGGAAACCGGCCUCCAUCUACCUUGAAGGUGUGUAUGGCAGCUAUAUGUCAGCAUGGAAUGAUAGAGUCAAACCUUUUGUUUGUCCUCUCAAACCCUGACGACUAGUUUGUUGUUGUUUGUAGCUGUUUGUCUGAGGUGAUCAAGUACAAAUUCCUCCCUGAGAAGUAGUUGUUUGACUCGUUCAAAAGCUGGAUGAACAAAUACUGGAAUGAGAGCAGAGGAGUCACAGCCAAAAUAAACAUACCAUUAUUCUUUAUAGGUAGGAAGUGUACAAUUAGCCUCAUAUCUUUCUUUAAUUAAAAGUGAUCUAGUUUCACAUAAAGAAACCAUGUACACCACAAUAUAAAAACAAUAGCCUGUGUUUGUUGUUUUGUCAUCAGCAGUGUUCCAUCUGAUUAUCUUUGAUUGUUGAAGAAGCUUGGUUGAAUAACAACUGAAACUUUGUAUUUAAAUGCAGUCAGAUUUAAGUGCUUAAUAUUAUUAAACUCUUAUCCACAACCAAAAAUUUUAAGAUGUUGAUUUCAGUUCAGUGCAUUGAUGGAAAUUCAAUUUUUUCGGUUAAUUUUGUCAUCACAGGGUUUUGUAAUGUGAAACACUAUCAUAUUAUCCAAAGUAGUUGUGCAAAGUUGAAUCUUUGCUAAAUAUGAAACAGGACCUGCAGGUACAGCAGUUUAUACAUAACACUUUACUGUAAGUGAUUUGAUAACAUCUGGUUUUCUCUCAGUGUAUUUGAUGCCAUACACUUCCUCCUUCAGCGCUGAGUUUCUGGAAAAUAUCACUUUUUUCUGUGAAACAUACAGUAUGUUACACACUCGCCAUUUAUUUGAAUCAUGCUCAGAUUGAGUAAAAUAAGUAAUCAAUUUAAUUUUGGUUUCACUUAAUUUCCAUUGUUCAUAUUACAUAUUUUAUUUUCUUUGUCUAUAUACCGUAUAGAGAUGCUCACGUCUUUAAAUCUGUUUUUAGAACAUGAUGAAGUACACCUCCACAUAAUUCUUUGUCAUGGUGAUUUUCCUUUUCUUAUGAUGCCAAAAAAUUUAUAUCUGUGUUUUUUUUGUUUUGUUUUUUAUUUUAAUAAACUAAUGUUCU